GGCGGUGAAGGGGGGCUGAAGAGAGCUGACAGCAUGCUGAUUCAAUGUGUGUGAAUGUGUGUCUUCUCCACAGUACGAAAAGUCUUGCUAAGAAGUAACUGAUGAGAAAGGUGGAUGUGCUUGCUAAAGAAAAGAAGUCUCAUUCUUUGAGGCCAGCAGUGAAUUUUUCAUCCUGUCUGGAAAUAGGCAACCUGAAGAGCCCAGAAAUUUUACUCAGCGGAAAGUCACAGCAGGCCAACAUACACACAGACUGACAGCAUGGCUGAAGCCAAGGCCUCAUUGAGUUCUACGCAGUCUGGUGCAAAGAACUUGGAUGCCGAGCAGAAUGCUCUGCUUCCAGAAGAUCACAGCAAGAACCAUUUUGAUAUCAUCCAACUGCAGGAAAAGGUGGGGCUCUUAGGCAGGGCGGAGUCAGUGGAGUCAGCAGAGAUGGAGGUCCAGAGCAGCACGCUGAGUGAUAAAGAGCUUAUGGAGAUGAGAGCAGAGUUUGAUGCAUCCGUUUCACCUGUCCUGUCCCUAGAGGAAUCUGACCUGGAGCCUCCAGAGGCAGGAGAGCUUCUGAUGUGUGUGGAGGAGCCAGAAGUGGAAGAAAUGAUGGACAAUGUUCCACUGACCACUUUUACUCCUGCAACCCCUCUCCCUGAGUCCCCUGCCUUCAUCUCAGCACCUGAAAUGAUCUCGGAUGCAUUACAUUACCUUCCAUGCCCACAGGAACUUCCUUUUUUCUCCACAGCAGCACCAGAACCAGCAGAAAGCCAUAUGAGCUCUAAGUCAGAGUUAACUGAUGAACCCAAUAAUUCCGAGCCGUCUUCAGAUUCACUUAUUGAAAAAGCCCCACUAAAAGCACAGCCUCAGCUUGCUGCUCCUGCCUCCCGUUCAUUUGAGCUAUCAGUGCUGCUGACUGGUGGUGUUGCCUUAGUGGCUGUAGUGAUAAUGACAUACGUUUUAACCAGGAAGUAAGAGGAGGUUCAUGGAAAAUGUUUUUUUUUUAAUCUAUGAUGUCAUUUUUCUUUUUUACAUUUCUUUAUGAUACACUAUGUGUCCAACAGUAUCUACACAUCUCCUCCUAAUUAGUAACUUCAGUUACUUUAAGGUGCACUCAUUGCUGACAAUGUUUAAUUACAUACACACAGUUUAUAUAGUCUCCAUAGAAUAGCACUGCCAAUAGAAUGGGAUUCUCUGAAGCAGUCACACAUGAGCCCAAUGUGGCAUGCCCAAUGCCAAGCGUCAGCUAGAAGGGUAUGAAGCCCCCCAGCAUUGGGCUGUGAAGCAGUGAAACUAUGUUCUCUGGAGUAA